AGAGCAUGCUGCAUCCCUGCAAUAACUCUGCUGAAAAAGAUACGCAAGUGUCUCACCACCUAAGGACUAAUUGCUCGAGCAUGGAAACUCUCUCCAACACCUACCUACCUUACCUAUCUUACCUUACCUCUUAGCUUGCCAUACACAACUUAGCAACCCAAGAGACCCUUGUGGAAAAUGCGCCACUAGAACUAGAGUCUAACAACAACAACAAUAACGACCACAAAGACUUGCGCAGAUGAACCAUAUAUUUUUUCCAUCAUCUUCAUCAUCUUGUACAACAGAUUUCUCAUACACUUUUGACAUUCAUCUCUUUACUCGUUGAACUGUUUAGAACUUAUCUAGACCUGCUCAUUUCCCGCGAUUUGGGUGCUGAACUUAAUCCCCCACUUUCCAACGACGACGCCAUCUCCAACGACUCUGCGGACCUGCCCAGCCAUCACUUUGGAAUCUGCUUGACCUCGGAAGGUCAUCCCUCAUCAGUCAUGAGCGCCUCCGCAUCCGUCGCACGCCGCGCCGUGGUCAUGAACCCUUUGGUGGGCAAUGGCCGCGCGCUUCCACGAUCAGUCCUCAGGGCCUCCCAGGCUCACCUCGGUCGCCACUCUCGAAACCUUGCUCUGCAGAACCCGGCCAUCGCACUGCUCAUACCCGUGCGCAGCCUUUCAACAGAUACACACACUUCCGGAAGAGGCGUUCCCUCCGUCCCUCCACCAGGCUUCAACGCAGAGAAGGCUAAGAACCCUCUGCCGAAGGAGGAGAAGCCAAACGACAAUGCUGGAAAGGCACCGGUGCCUGCCGAUUCGGCCGCGGUCAAGCCUACAGCAGUUGCCGAAGCGUCCGAAAACUCGGCUUCGCUUACAGAACUAGCAGCCGACAAGGCGGCCGAGAAGAAGGAAGAGCCCAAGAAGGAGGAGAAGAAGCUGACAUUAGGCCAGAAGAUCAAGAAGGAGGCUCAGCAUUACUGGGACGGAACCAAGCUGCUUGCCGCCGAGGUCAAGAUCAGCAGUCGCCUUGCACUGAAGAUGGCCGCAGGCUAUGAGCUUACGCGCCGUGAGAGUCGCCAGCUUCAGCGCACUGUUCAGGAUCUGGGCCGCCUGGUCCCAUUCUCGGUCUUCAUUAUCGUCCCAUUCGCCGAGCUGCUGCUCCCUGUGGCCCUCAAGCUCUUCCCCAACCUUCUCCCCAGCACGUACGAGGGCCAGAAGUCGAGGGAUAAGAAGACGAACGCGCUCAGGGCCACCCGAAAAGAGGUCAGCGGCUUUUUGAGGCAGACUCUGAAAGAGACGGGUCUCCCUGUAACGGCGGCGACCACCCAGAGGGACGAGUUCACAAACUUCUUCCGCAAGCUCAGGUCGACGGGCGAGAAGCCGACAGCGGAAGACGUCAUCAGGGUCUGCAAGAUUUUCAGGGAUGACUUGACGUUGGAUAACCUUUCAAGGCCGCAGCUUGUGUCAAUGUGCCGUUAUCUGAACCUCAAUACCUUCGGCACGGACAUGAUGCUCAGAUACCAGAUCCGCCACAGGAUGCGACAGAUCAAGCGCGACGACAAGGCCAUCAGCUACGAGGGCGUUGAUAGCCUAACUGUUGCGGAACUGCAAACAGCGUGCCAGAGCCGCGGCAUCAGGACUCACGGUAUCUCCCCUGCCAGGCUACGGGAGGAUCUGCAGACCUGGCUAGACCUUAGGCUCAAGGACGGUGUGCCAUCGACACUAUUGGUUCUGAGCAGCGCCUACAUGUACAGCCAGGCCAGCUCGUCGGCCGCAUUGGAAGAUGGCGAGGUUUCGGGCCAGAUUGAGGCACUGACUGGUGUCUUGUCAUCGAUUCCCGAGGAGCUUUUCCACGAAAUCGAGUUGGAGGUGCACAACGCCGAGGGCGCGGCAACUAACAAGCAGCGUCUUGAGGUCCUCAAGGAGCAGCAAGAACUGAUCGAGGAGGAGAACGAGCAGAACCAGGGUAACGAGCAGACGGGCUUGGCGACACCUCGCGAUGUUGAUGACAUUGACGAGAAGGACGAGCGCGAGAUGCAGGCGGCCAAGCAAGCCGCGACGGAAGAACUCGGAGGCGUCGAGAAGCAGCAGGUGGGAGACAUGGUGGAGGCAGAGCAAAUCACUUUGGCAGAAAAGACGGCCAAGAAGAGUGAGAAAUAGAAUGCGACAUGAGAACAGCAUACUGCAUGCAUCCAUCUCCUUUGUAUUAUUUGGGGGGUUCUGGUACUUUGAUUCUUGAUAAAAACGUGUGUUUCUUUCUUUUUUUUUUCUUCCAGGGGGAAUUCCUCUCUCGGUGUCUUAUUCACAUUAUUUUUUUUAUCGACCGACUGGCCUGUUACUGGUGGGUGUGUCCGUCUGUUUGUCGAGACGGGGACCACCGAGGCAGGUUAUGUAUGUAUCUGGAAACUAUUGCAUGGAGUCAGGAGGCGGAAACCAGGAUUCAGACAUAGAUGGAGAGAAUCUCUACACAAAAACUCCCC